UCUCCCUCAUCGGGUCCGAGACCGUCGGUCCUCUUCCCUCCCCUCUCCCUCAGGGUCAGGGGCAAGCGUUUCUCCUGGGGGGGAGGGGAUCAGCCUGGUUACGGCCCUGCUUCAGAGCCAGAUGCGCCCCCUCAUCGGGAUCUUGGGGUCAGGGGCAAGCGUUGGUGUAGGGGUCACUCUGCCCCUCCCCCCGUGGUGAUCAGUCACCAUGACACAAGCUCCAUUCACUCACCCUCCCAAAAGCGCUGCCCCUUGUCCGAUCCCAGGCCCUUUGCUAGCGUUUCCGGGGGCCAGGCUUGGGUUCGAAUCCCCGCUGCCAUCACGCCCCCCCCCGGGGUCCCCCCAGGUCUCGUGGCUCCGGUGGCCCCGGAGGCCGUUCAUCCCUCCUCCUCCCUCUCCGUCCGCAGGGUUCCUCCGGGGAGCUUUGGCCUGUCGGGCCCAGCUCCGGCUCGGCUCGGGCCCGUCGCAGACCAAGCCUGAGGCCGGGCCCUGGCCCCCGGGAGUGGAGUACAUCCCCAAGAAGAAGGCCAAGAACCCCAUGAAGGUUGUGGGGCUGGCGUGGGCCAUUGGCUUUCCCUGUGGCAUCCUCCUCUUCCUCUUCACUAAGCGGGAAGUGGACAAGAACCGUGUGAAGCAGAUGAAGGCCCUGUACAAUAUGCGGACGGCCAACAAGGGCGAGUAUGAGAGGCAGAGGUUCAAGAACUCGACCCCAGAGACGGGGGCUGGGCUGCAGCCCUGACAGGGGCACCAGCACCCAGACUGACGAACAGAUGAACUGCUCUCUAGUGGUCAGUUUAUUCUACAAGUGGACAUUUAGCCCCCGGGCACAUCCGCCCUCCCACUGAUGGGAGAGGAAGGCCAAUAAAGCCAUUAUUUGCCCAGAAAA